GACUGUUCCUCGACCUCCUCGAGAACCUUACAAGAUGAAGACGUCGAAACACAAGGAUUUCGCUUACGCGAUGACACCGUUGAAGAUCCUGUCGUGGCCCGUGGGCAUUUGGCCUCUGCAGGACUACAACGUAUUCUCCUUCGUGCGUUUCUUUUGUACAAUCUUCUUUCUGGUACGUGUUUCUACAUUUAUCAAGCAAUUUCUAAAUUCCACCUCAAACAGUGUGAAUACUUUUCAGCUGUUAACGCUGAUCAUCGUAUACGCGGAGGUAUAUUUGGAUCAUACCGAUGCCGACGAGAAUAUGUACGCUUUAAUGUUAAUUAUUUGUGGCAUCUUAGCACUGUCGAAAGUGAUGUAUUUCCGCAUUCAUUCAACGAGAUUAAUUUUCAAUUUCGUCUCGGCCGUGAAGGAUUACAACGAGCAGAACGAUGAAAAGAAACGAAGAAUUAUGCGACACCACGCUUACAUGAGCAGAGUAACGUUUAUCAGUUUAAUGCUUGCUGCUAAUGUCUGCUCGUUGAUCCUCAGUGCUCUUCCUGUGCUAUCCAGAAACGAGGAUACGAUUAAUAUGACUUUAGCAGAUACAUUAAAAUAUCCUCUACCUUCAGAGAACAUUUUAACCCUGUUACAAUUGCCAGAAUAUUUGUACCUGCCAGUUUUCUUUACCGAGUACAUAAUCUUGUUGGUCAUCAGCGCGGGUAAUCUUGGCAGCGAUUUAUUGUUUUUUGGUAUCGUCUUUCAUCUGUGUGGUCAAGCGGAGAUACUGAAAAUGGAGUUUAACAAGAUGCUCGAUGUGAAUAGUAAAACUACGAAGCAAUUUCAUUCGUUGAUCAAAAGGCACGGUUACUUGUUAAAGCUGAGCGAGAUGUUGAACGAAACGAUCAGCUCAAUUUUGGUCAUACAAUUAUUAUCCAGUUGCAUACUUAUUUGUGCGUGUGAAUUUCAGUUUAUUCUCGCGCUGCAGGAAAAGAAUAUCGUGAUGGUGACGAGAUCAACCACCACAAUGAGUAUCUUAAUGAUACAAUUAUUCGCGUAUAGUUACGUGAGUAAUUACUUGCAGUACCAAAUGGACGGGAUUGGAUACUCUUCGUACAGCUGCAGCUGGUACAACCUUCCCAGAAAUGUGGCAAAGGAUAUUGUCUUUGUGUUACUAAAAGCUCAGAAACCGGUUCAACUGAAGGCUGGGAAAUUCGUAGCCGUCAAUCUGGAGACUUUCACGAGUAUUCUAAAAGCUUCGAUGUCCUGUCUGUCGGUACUUCGCAUAAUAAUGAACACUUGAUUCUCCUAUAUAAAAUUACCAUAGUUUCG